AUGUAUUUGAUAGUUCCUAAAAAUAACAGCCUUAUAUAUGUCGAUGUAUCUUAUUCAAAUACAAAUCUUGCCAUACUUAUUCUUCAAAUUCGACUGGAAACAUUUAUUUCUAAUGGUGGAGAUUAUUCAUUUGCAUGGAAUCAAUUAAAACGUUCUCCGUAUAACACUCUAAAAAAGAUUGUAUGGAAAAAAGCUGACCUAGAUAUUGCCAUAAGACUAUACGGAAACCAGUUCUUCAAAGAUACUAGAUCUAUCGAGUAUAUGGAUAUAUCUGAAAAUGAUAUUUGGUAUUUUCCGGACGACUUAUUAAAUCCAAUGCCAAACUUGACAUAUCUCUAUUUUAGUAAAAAUUCAUUUCAGUCUAUUCCGGUACAACUGAGCGAACAUAACAAGGUAAAAAUGCUGGACGUAAGGAAGAAUCGAUUAACAAGUGUGAGCUCAGCUAUCAGAGACUGGGCAGAUAAGAUGCAAGAACUGCAUGGAAUGACGUUAAAGAUCACUGAUAAUGCAUUUGAGUGCAAUUGUGACACUAUAGACUUUAUAAGGUGGAUUCAGACUACAAAAGUCAAUCUUGACAGCCGAUCAUAUAAAUGUCAAUUGUCUAACGGCACAAUUAUCGAUACACUUAUAGCGUACAACUCUUUAUAUGACUUGUUUGCAGACUGUAAGAAUACUAUGUGGUUAACUUUUGCAUCAACAUUAUUAUCUACAACCAUAACGAUCUCAAUGUUACUUUUAGCCUAUCACAAGAGAUGGAAAAUCAUCUUCUCUAUAUAUGGAGUAAUUCGCCGUGUUGUUGAGCACAAAGUCUGGAGAAUUUACAAAUAUGACGUGUAUAUAUCAUAUGAAGGAGAUAUUGUCAUUUGGAUUAAAAAUGUACUAAUACCAAAACUUGAAGAGGAAUGGGGGCUGACAAUGUGUAUAAAAGAUAGAGAUUUUUUACCUGGACCGAGUCAAGCAGACAACGAGGCAGAGAGCAUUCAAAACAGCAGGUCAAUUAUAUUUCUGAUCACGCCCGAAUUCCUAUCGUCACAUGAUUACAUGUUCGAACUUGACAGGGCAAAAUAUGAAAGAAUUACAAAAAAUCUGGAGCGUAUCAUUAUUAUUACAAAAGAUAUAACAAUUACUGAUAUUCCUGUAGAGUUUUCGUACAUUUGGAACUAUGCAUUUAUUAUACAAUGGCCGAAAAGUCUAGAGGACUUGGAUGGUACUUGGAGGAAACUGAGGAUGUUGCUUACAGAUGGCUUGAUUACAAACAUUUAA